CAGGCUGAAUGGAAGUGCUUGGCGCAGUGUCAGCGGCGGAAUACACUGCGCUAUCGCGCGAUGUGGACGAGCUGAUCGAGGCGUUUGCGAUCCUUGGGUGCACGCAGCUGGCGCAGAUGAAGGAGGUAUGGCGAUGCCGCGGCUUCUCCUUCAUCCACCAGGCCCGUCGCGCCAAAUUGGAGCCCUCGCGGUUCAUGCAAAUUCUCUACACCUCUGCCUGUGUUCAUCUUUCUCCAGAGGAGCCUUUCUCUUGGAGACUGGGAGCCCUCUACGCGGUCUACAUUCUCUAUGAAACGCAGGAAUACUCUCCCAGAGUUAAAGUCUACUUGUCUCUCGAAAAUUUGCAAUGGCUCUUAUCUCUCGCUCAAAUCGUGAGGGAGGGACCGGAUCCCGUUCCACUGCACGUAAUUCGCUACAUGGUCAGGCACAAAGCGUUUCUCUAUGGCCAUACCUGUGUUACUCUCAAAACUGUGAAAGAAGCUACCGAGCGUCGUAUCAACCGGAUUAAUGAGCGUUUGCAGCUGGCACGAUCCAGGUUGCUUUCGUCUGUUCCCACAAAGGAACAUAUCUUUGGAAACCUGGCAUCCGAUGUUGGGAUUGACGAGACGACGAACUCUACUUUUCAAGAAUAUGAACAAGCCAAACAGAGAAUCUUUGAGAGAGUGAAUGGUCAGGAACAGCAGAAUCAGGCAGAUUUAAGCAAUGAAAUCAACAACAUUUCCAUUGCUCGGGAGGAAUUCAGAGCGGAAUAUCUACGACAAGCACAGGAAACCGCAAUGAACGAAGACACCUUUGAAGACUUCAACUUCGACCUGAUGCAAUUCGGCGACGACCUGGAGGAGUUUCUGAGCGCCUGAGACAUCCAGAAUUCCAUCAGUACCAAAGCAGCUGGAAAACCGCAAGGCUUCCAAAACCAUUAGCCAAAGUUGGAUACAGAGAUUGUGCCGAACGCUCUGGGAUUAUUAGGACGCGAUUGAUUGGGGUCCAUCUUUCGUCGCAAGCUCUCGGAAAAAUCUCUUUGUGAGAGAAAAAUGCCAGCCGAUUACUGGAUGAAACCAAAAACGUUCUGGAAAGAAGAAACAUGACUCAAAAAGUUGUGAA